AUGGUCCUGCGCAUUUCCGGCAGCCCAACCGUCCGGGACGUUGGCCGCUUCGAUCCCCAGCAGGCCAUGGGUACGUCAGCGCUGCCGGAUGGUCGCUUUCGAUCAGUCUGGGCCAGCAGCUGUCGAACGACUUCACGCGGUUCCUGGCAACCGCCAAUCGGCACGAGUGCUGCUGCCAGACCAGCCGAUCCGACGGCAACGCUGCAUUGGCUCCUGGGUGAGAGGGAAGCUUUGGGUCCCGCUUUGCUGUCCUCCGGGCCUUGA